AUGGCGAGAAGUUGUAGCAGUCUGUUUUUGUUGUUGGCAAUGGCACUGUGUCUCGUCCUCCCAGCAGCGCUUGUUUCCGCGCACCCACAGGGGAACCCCUUCCGCGUCAGAGGACGUGUCUACUGCGACACUUGCCGCUGCGGGUUUGAGACCUCCGCCACCACUUACAUUCCCGGUGCAAGGGUUAGAAUUGAGUGCAAAGAUAGGAAAAGUAUGAAGCUGAUGUACAGCGUUGAAGGAGAGACAGACUCGAAAGGAACAUACAACAUCUUGGUGGAAGAUGACCACGAGGACCAAAUGUGCCAGUCGGUUCUCGUUAGCAGCCCCAUUGCUGACUGCAAAUCGACUGACCCGGGACGUGACCGUGCCACUGUCGUGCUCACCCGCAACAACGGAUGCCUCAACGACCAGCGUUUUGCAAAUGCCAUGGGGUUCCUGAAAGAUCAGCCUUUGUCUGGGUGCACCCAACUGCUCAAGAAGUACUUGGAAAGUGAUGAUCAGUAA